AUGAUAAAGAAGGAUUGGGUGGAGUUACCUCCACACAGUCAAAGUUAUAAGGACGGUGUAAAUUACUUUUUGGAUAUUGCAUUCACCAAAGGAAUGGUUAAAGAAGAAGAGAUUUUGUGUCCUUGUUCUGUAUGUUGCAAUGAUAGUUGGGAAGUAAGAGAUGUAGUGUAUGACCAUUUAUGUAGUAAAGGAUUUGUAAAGGGAUACACUGAAUGGAUUUAUCAUGGUGAAGAUGAGAGUCUUAUAGAUCUUGAUGGUGAUAGUGAUGAUGAAACAUCAUCUCAUGAUGAUAUCGAUGGCUUACUAUUUGAGACAUUUAAAGAUGUGGCUGAAGGAGGUGGAGUACAUGAAGGGAUAAAUGAAGAUGCAAAGAAAUUUUAUAAACUAGUUAAUGAUGCAAAUCAAGAGUUGUAUCCUGGUUGUGAAAAGUUUUCCUCGUUAUCAUUCACUAUUCGAAUUUAUUUGUUGAAAUGUCUCCAUGGAUGGAGUAAUGCAUCAUUCACUGCUCUCGUAGAGUUGUUAAAAGAGGCUAUGCCAGAUUUGAACAUCCCUGUCUCUUUCAAUAAAACAAAAUCUAUGAUAAAAGAUUUGGGCUUAGACUAUAAAAAGAUUGACGCAUGUCCGAACAACUGCAUGUUGUUUUGGAAAGAUCACGAGAAAGAUGAUUCAUGUCAUAUUUGUGGCACGUCAAGGUGGAUUGAAUAUCCUGAAGUUGCUAAUGAUCUUAAAGAAUCUAUAAAAGCUCAUAAGCUGAUGCCCAAGCAUGGAAAGACUUUGAUGCCAAACAAUAGAGAAAGGGUUCAGCAAAUUAUAGAAGUUGUGGACGAAACACCAAAAAAAGGAACUCAACAAGAAAGAGUUCAAAAGGUUGAUCACAAUUUGGACAAAGAGACUAUUGCAAAGAAAAUGGAGAUAGACAAACUCUCGCAACCAAAAGUAAUGAAAGAUCAUGCACAUGGUGACAAAGAAGUUGUACAAGAAACACCAAAGAAAAGAACUCAAGUGAAAGCUACAGUGAAUAGAGAAAGAAUUCAAAAGGUUGAUGGAAAAUUAGACAACCACAUUGCUAUGAAGAAAGCAGAGAGACCUAAGCUUUUGCAACCACAAGCUAAGGAAGUUCUUGCACAUGGAAACAAAGAAGUUUCACAAGGAAUGCUGAAAAAAAGAAUUCAUGAGAAUCUACUAGAGAACAAUAGAGAUAAAAUUCAAAAGAUCUUCACAAGUCAAAGGAAAUGGAUGCAACCAAGUCAAACAAUGGUGAAAAACCGGGCAGCAGCGUUAACCGUAGCUCUAAUCAAAAUCAAUCAAAAAAAGGAACUCGACAAGAAAGUGUUCAAAAUCGGGCAAAAGUCAACGAAGAAGAUGCAAUCACAAAUAGAGAAGAAGAAAAAUAAACAUCCCAAAGAAAAACUCGUGGGAAAACUUUGUGCAAAAAGAUUCAUGCAAGAACUUUGGAAGAGCGAGAACUCAACAUUUUGUCCUCUACGUUACACCAAUUGGUCAGGAAUGCCAGAUGAUAAUAAAAACCGUUUCUGGAGAUAUACUAAUCGGAAUUUUAUCUUGCCGGUUGAAGCACGAGAUUGGAUUGAGACCACUGUUAGAGAGGCAUGGAGAAGAUAUAAGCACAAAAUUAAGAAGAAUCAUUUUUUGAAGUAUUCCAACAUGACCGAGAGACUCAAAAAUCGUCCGCCAAACGUGCCAAUAGCCCAGUUUAAGAGUCUUUGUGCUUAUUGGAGUAAGGAAACUAUACAAGCAAUCAGUGAAAAUAACACUAGAAAUAGAGCUCAACUAAAGUGGAUGCAUCGAAUGGGUCCCAAAAACUUUGCUUUGACUCGUGAAAAAGUGCGUGAAAAGGAAAAAAGAGAGCCCACUCAAUCAGAAACUUUUGUUGAAACUCGAAAAGGAAAUAAAGGAAAGGAACUGGAUGUAGAAACUGGAAAAGUAAUUGAGUGUCCAGGCAGGGUACGCUGUUAUGGGAGAAACAUAACUAAAACUUCCUUAAAGAGAAAGGCAGAGAUUAAUGCUUUGAAACAAGCCCACAGUGAAGAGGUCUCUACAUUAAGGGACGAGUUUCAAGAUAAGAUUGAUAGAUUGCAAAAUACUUUUAAGACCGUAAUACAAAAAUGCAAUCCUCAAAUUAAUAUAGAGUCAAUUGAAGAUUUGUUAGGAUUAUCUCAUGGAGAUGCUAAUAGUUCCCCAAAGGAUAUAAGACCGCAAAUGCAUUCAUCUACAUCAACUCAUGCUCCAUGUCAUGGAAAGCAAUGUAUCAAUGAAGAUGUUGAAAAGGACGAUAUAAAUGAUGAAAUUCAAGAGGACGACAUAAAUGAUAAAAUUCAAGAGGACGACCUAAAUGAUAAAAUUCAAGAGGACGACGUAGAUGACGAAUUUCAAGAGGAUGACAUAGAUCUAGAUAAUGAAUUUCAAGAGGAGGAUAUAGAUGGUGAAUUUCAAGAGGACGACGUAGACGAAGAAUUUAUGGAGGAUGACAUAUCUAACGAAUUUCAAGAGGACGAUCUGGAUGCUUUACUCCUAGAAGACAGACUUGAAUGA